ACAACAUUAGCUGGUGCUGAACCUGCAGCCAUUGUCACUGCCAUCCCGUUCUCUAAGGUCGAGAACAUAUUUCCCUUGUCGAGGCCCAAUUCAGCGGACGGUGCAGACAGCACUUUCAAUGUGACAUGUCACUGGGGCAACUUGUCACCCAUGUACUCCGUGGAGUCGUUUGGUCUUCCUGACGCAUCCCCCGUCAUCCCAGAAGGGUGUGGCCUCAAUGCAGUGCAUCUCUUGAUGCGCCAUAGCGCUCGCUAUCCAACUUCUGACUCCAGACCUUCUCAGUUCGCUUCUGACAUUCAUGCUGCUGCACUGAAAGAAGGCUUCAGUGCCACUGAUGAUUUGGAAUUCUUGACAACCUGGACAUAUAGGUUGGGCGCCGAGAUCUUGACGCCUUUCAUCCGCAAGUCGCUCUUUAGCAACGGGGUUGCCUUUCGCUACAGAUAUGGGAAGUUGUUUAAUGCAUUCAUGGACCUCCCAGUAUUCCGCACUACUUCUGAA